AUGGCACCUACGAUGCGACGGUUUGGCAUCGCGGCCGCCGCAGCAUUGUAUCUGGCUACCGUCUGCUAUGCCGCUCCGCAGGAUGCUACCAAGCAUGCUAUCGCCGAUGGACUCUCGCUCGAGGAGAUUGACGAGCAGCUUCAGACAUGUAGCAUUGUGCAGGAUCUCAACGACAGCAAGAGCGCACACUUCGCGGCGGAGCCGACAUCCCUGGCCACGCGCGUCUUCGCAGCGCUCUUCCCCGGAUCCCCGGCCGUCAACGCCCUCCUGGCGACGCUGUACAUCUCGGGCCCGCCCAACUUCCUCCUGGCCCUGUGCCCGACGGACAUCGACCCCUCGUCCCUGAGCGUCAUGGUGGCCUUUGCCGUGGGGGGCCUGCUGGGCGACACGCUGUUCCACCUCCUCCCCGAGAUAUUCCUGGGGGAGGACGAGCCGGACCGCGUGCGUCUGGUUCUGGUCGAGCCGAACAGGAACCUCGUCCUCGGCCUCGGCAUACUGGUCGGGUUCAUGACGUUUGUAGCCAUGGACAAGGGGCUGCGCAUCGCCACCGGCGGGGGCGGUCACGAUCACGCCCACGGACAUGGUCAUUCCCACGACGACGACGACGGAGCUGCCGCCGCUCAUCCCGAGGGAACCUCUACGGCCGUGGACAAGGAGGAGUCGGCCAAGCCGCGCAGGAAGAAGGGGACCGCCGCCGACGAGGGCAAGGAGGAGGAGGAGGAGGAGGAGAAGACGGUGGCGGGGCCGAACACGAGCGUCAAGCUGGGAGGCUACCUCAACCUCAUCGCCGACUUCACGCACAACAUCACCGACGGCCUGGCCAUGUCGGCCAGCUUCUACGCCUCGCCCACCAUCGGAGCCACCACCACCGUUGCCGUCUUCUUCCACGAGAUCCCACACGAGGUAGGCGACUUCGCUCUGCUGGUGCAGUCGGGCUUCUCGAAGCGCGCGGCCAUGGGGUCGCAGUUCGUCACGGCCGUCGGUGCCCUGCUCGGCACGCUGAUCGGCAUCGCCGUGCAGGAGUUUGGCGGUGCUGGUGCCGUCGACGGGGGUGACGGCGUCGGCAUGUCGAGGAAUGCCGGUCUGUGGGGGACGAGCCUGACCUGGGGAGAUAUGCUUCUACCUUUCACGGCCGGAACGUUCCUCUACGUCGGCACCGUGGCCGUCAUCCCGGAGCUGCUCGAGACGGGAAGAGACAAGGCUGUUGAGCUGCGCAAGACACUGGUGCAGUUCUCUGCCGUGGCUCUAGGUGCUGGUAUCAUGCUCUACAUUUCGUGGCAUUAG